UGCCCUCGCCCCAUCUCCGUCCGGGGUCAGUCAGUCGCUCCCUGUCGCCGCCGGAGACUUCUCUGCUUCCCCCUUCCUACCCUCUCCACGGCGGUCGCUCAGGCUGUCCGGGGAGGGGGGCGGCCGCGAGAAGAACGGGACUGACUUCAAUAAAGUUUCCCGAAGCAUCUGCGACCCGCCAGGCCCCAGCCAAGCCGCAAUGAAGAGCUUCUCACAGUGAAGAGGAAAAUAGGUCGUACCCAUUAAAAAUGCCUUUGAGGGACAAAUACUGUCAAACUGACCACCAUCAUCACGGAUGCUGUGAACCAGUUUAUAUCCUGGAACCUGGAGAUCCUCCUUUGUUACAGCAACCACUACAGACAUCCAAAUCUGGUAUUCAGCAAAUAAUUGAGUGCUUUCGAUCAGGAACCAAACAACUUAAACAUAUUUUGUUAAAAGAUGUGGACACUAUUUUUGAAUGUAAAUUAUGCCGUAGUCUCUUUAGAGGAUUACCAAAUUUAAUUACCCAUAAGAAAUUUUACUGCCCACCAAGUCUCCAAAUGGAUGACAACCUUCCUGAUGUAAAUGAUAAGCAAAGCCAAGCCAUAAAUGAUCUCCUAGAAGCCAUAUAUCCAAGAGUGGACAAGAGAGAGUAUAUUAUUAAGCUAGAACCCAUAGAAACCAAUCAGAAUGCAGUGUUUCAAUAUAUUUCAAGGACUGAUAACCCUGCUGAAGUCACAGAGUCGAGCAGUACCCCUGAACAAACUGAAGUGCAAGUACAGGAGACAAGCACGGAGCAGCCAAAAGCAGUCCCAGACACAGAUCCAGAUGUGGUGGAAGCCGUGGAGCCUCCUCCUGUAGAGACUGUUGUCGAUGAAGCUGCACCUUCCUCUGAGGAGCAACCUCAGGAAUCCCAGGCUGACGUGGAAACGUCUGAUAGUUCUGACCUUGGUCACCAGUUGAUAUGUUGUCUUUGUAGAAAAGAAUUCAAUUCUAGACGAGGUGUCCGUCGUCACAUUCGGAAAGUGCACAAGAAAAAGAUGGAGGAACUGAAAAAGUACAUUGAAACACGGAAGGCUCCAAACCAGUCUUUGGAAGGACGCAGUAAGAGUGUUCUAGUUUCAUUAAGCAGGAGCUGUCCGGUUUGUUGUAAAUCAUUUGCUACAAAGGCGAAUGUAAGGAGGCAUUUUGAUGAAGUUCAUCGAGGACUGAGGAGGGAUUCAAUUACUCCUGAUAUAGCAACAAAGCCUGGGCAGCCUUUGUUCCUGGAUUCCGCUUCUCCUAAAAAAUCUUUUAAGACUCGGAAACAAAAGUCUUCAAAGGCUGAAUACAAUUUAACUGCAUGCAAAUGCCUCCUUUGCAAGAGGAAAUAUAGUUCACAAAUAAUGCUUAAGAGACAUAUGCAAAUUGUCCACAAGAUAACUCUUUCUGGAGCGAACUCUAAGAGAGAGAAAGGCCCGAAUAAUACUGCCAGCAGUUCCGAAAUAAAAGUUAAAGUUGAACCAGCAGAGUCUGUGGAAUCUUCACUCCCUUCUAUUACCCAUUCUCCACAGAAUGAAUUAAAGGGAACAAAUCAUUCAAAUGAGAAAAAGAACACACCGGCAACACAGAAAAAUAAAGUUAAACAGGACUCUGAAAGCCCUAAAUCAGCUAGUCCUUCGGCUGCAGGUGGCCAGCAAAAAGUCAGGAAACCAAAACUUUCAGCUGGCUUUGACUUUAAGCAACUUUACUGUAAACUCUGUAAACGCCAGUUUACUUCCAAGCAGAACUUGACUAAACACAUAGAGUUGCACACAGAUGGAAAUAACAUUUAUGUUAAAUUCUACAAGUGUCCUCUCUGCACUUACGAAACUCGUCGGAAACGUGAUGUGAUAAGACAUAUAACUGUGGUUCAUAAAAAGUCAUCUCGCUACCUUGGGAAAAUAACAGCCAGUUUAGAAAUCAGAGCUAUAAAAAAGCCUAUUGAUUUUGUUCUAAACAAAGUGGCAAAAAGAGGCCCUUCAAGGGAUGAAGCGAAACAUAGUGAUUCAAAGCAUGAUGGCACUUCCAGUUCUCCUAGUAAAAAGUAUGAAGUAGCUGACGUCGGUAUCGAAGUGAAAGUCACAAAAAACUUUUCUCUUCACAGAUGCAAUAAAUGUGGAAAGGCAUUUGCCAAAAAGACUUACCUUGAACAUCAUAAGAAAACUCAUAAGGCAAAUGCUACCAAUUCACCUGAAGGAAACAAAACCAAAGGCCGAAGUACAAGAUCUAAGGCUCUUGUCUGAUAACUUCAAGUGAUGUACGAAAAGGUUUGGAGUUCAUUUUUGUGGAAAGACUUUAAGUUGUUAGAACCACUAAACGUCUUCACAUGGUACUAUGAGGAAAAAAAAGAACAUUUUCAUAAAUUUUCAACUGUAACUGCUGAUUUCUGACUAAAACAGUAACCAUCUAACCAGUUUCUAAGGCAAUGCCCAUUCCAGCACUUUCGAGUAGCUGUGAUAUUCUAUAUUGUCUUCAUAGACCCUGUAUAUAUGGUCUACAAUUUCUAUAAAAAUGUUGGGAAUUUUGCUUUCCAAAUAAUUUGUUGAUUAAAAUGAUCAACAACAUGAAGAAAAUAAUAGUUUUUAAUUGAUAGAAACUUUGUAUUUUUAGUGGUUUAAGUUUAUUUCACUUUACAUGCAAAAUUUUAUCUAGAUUGUAUAGGUAAAUAUGAUUUUUUUUUGUAGAAAGUAUGUUAGGAUCAAAAGACAAAUUAGUAUCAAUAUAUUAUGAAUAUUUAGUAGCCUACUGAAUAUUUAUAAUUAUUUUGCAUCCAUUUAUAUUUGAGUUUUUCUUUAGCACUUAAAUGUUUGAAAGUUUUAUUCUAAAAUACAUACUUCAAAGAAAGUUCCAGUUCAUUUUAUGCAUAGAUCAUUAUUACAUUUAUCAUUUGUAAACAUCAGAAGUUUUUAUGAAAAUUAAACAUUCCCCUAUUUUUCUUUAAAUUUUAUAUAAAGCACUUUAAUGAUAGAUGCGAUCUUAUUUCUCAGUUCCUAUUUUUUUAAAGAACACACAUUUACUAAUGUUUAUAUGAAGGUAAUAAAUAGCUUACUAAUAUUUUAUAGGGGCAGACAAUCCAUAUGCAACCACUUCUUGUGUUUCUAGUUUUAUUUCUUUAAAUGUUGCUGGAAAAGGAAGAUAGGGGUGUCCAUCCUAAUUUUUUUUUCUCCCAAGGAAAAAUUUUAAAUGACCACUUUAGAUAAUAUUUGAUUCCUACUGUAAAAUUGAAAAUAAUGAAUUCUUGUCCAUCUUUUGUAAUCAAGAUUUUAGGAAAAAAGAAAUACAUUUAUCUUUAUGAAAUUUUGGGCAGGUUUUGUGUAUCGAUAUUUUGUACUUUUAGGGAAUAUUUUAUUUUUCAGUAAUUUGUGUCAAAUUAUUUUAAAAGGUACUGCAGAAAAUAUACCAUGUUUUUAUGUAGGUUCACAGCUGUACUUAGAAUGGACCCUGUCCAUCUGUAUACUUUUUGUAAAAAUUUUUAAAUGUUGAAGAUCUAGAAGGUCAUAAUAAAAUGCUUCUAUAGUUAGAAAAACAUUUACCCUUCUCAGUGCUUUGCACUAAAAUAUACUGUGAAAGGAAAUUAGAAAGACUGUAAUUGUUGCUGGAAAUGUUCUAUAUUGAAUGUACAUGUUUUUGUUGGAAAAAUGUACUAUAUGUGAUGAAAAUAAACCAGACUAAAAGUUAUUUCAGCUAAAUGUGCUUCAACACAGGUACAUUGGUUGAAAUUUAAAUGUUUUAUUAUCAAACUUACUCAGUGACUAUGAGCAGCUACACUUGAAUUAUAUCCUGAUAGUUUUAUUUUUAAGAAGUAAUGAUUUCUCUUUAAUUUAAAAACAGAUAACUUUUCCACAGAUGGAGAAUUUGUACUUAGAGGUCUAACUUUAAUGACUAAUAGCAUAAUAUAUUUAGGGACCAAAUGUGUAGUAGGUGGCAUUUAAUUUAUAAACCAUCUUCAUUAGUUGCACAUUAUUAAACCUGUAUUUUUGACAUUU